AUGUAAAAAACACAACCAGUUAACAGAGAUUCAUAAAUUUUUGAGACUUUAAAUUAUAAAGAUGGUAUAAUUUUAAAUUCAUUUCUAGAUUCUAUUUAAGUAUAAGAUCUUGAUUUUUUUGGACCAUGGCAUAAAUAAAACAACUCAAUAUAAUAAUAAAUAGCAUAAAUAAGAAAAACGUAUACUUCUUCCACUAAUCAAAUGCCAAAUGAAAUAAUUGAACGACCAGAAACCUAAAUUUCAUAGAUCAGAAUGACAAGUACUUCUUUUCCAAAUAAAAGAAGAAAAACCAGAAAAAUAUCAAUUGAUUAGCCUAGUUAAUUUAUUGAAAAACCAAAAUAUGAUGAAUCUCGUCAAGUCAAAAGAAUUAUUUAAGAGUUCUUUACAGAUGAAAAUAAAGAAAAGAAAAAAAAAUAAAGAAAUUAUGGUUUUUUUUUACCUUAAGCUUCAAAAUCUAAUAGCAAUACUAAAUGUAGUGGCUCAUCUUUUUAAACAACUUAAGAAUAUUUUGAUGUAAAUUUAUUCAUUAAGCUAAGAGAGAAUAGCAAUAAAAAUGUUGAAAUUGAUGCCAAAUUUACAGAAAUAGCCUUCCAAGUCUUCUAAACCGUUUAAAAAUUCAAAUACUAAAGAAAAACUAAUUCUUGAAUUACCAAUAUAAACAAAAAGCUAUUUUCCUCCUUAAUUAUUAAUUAAUUCUACAAAAACUUAAUAGGUAAGUCCUUAAAAUAUGAUUUCUUCUCAAAAUAAAACAUAAAUCAAAAAUUUUAAUUUUCUUGCUAAAACAGGCAAAGGUCCUGUUUGGAAGAUUAAUAAUUACAUAAGCAUAUGA